UAUGUUUGUAUAUUGUGUUAUUUAUAACAUUAUUUUUGUUUACAUUUCUUGGCCAAUUGAAUAUAUUAUUUUUUCUCUUGUUAGAAAAUGUAUAGUGUAUUUAGGAAUUUAUUAUUAAGUGCAAAGUGCAAUUAUGUUAGGACACGUUUGAUGAGCACUGCAAAUACUAUUUAUUCUUUAAGUUCAGCAUAUGGAAAAUGCGGUGUUUCUGUGAUACGAGUAUCUGGGCCGCAAACAAGACAAGCACUUCGAGCUAUUGUAGGAAAUCGUCACGAACUAAAGGAGCGAUAUGCAUAUUUAAAGACUUUACACCAUCCCAAGAGUAACGAAAUUAUUGACAAAGGUAUAGUUUUAUGGUUUCCUGGACCUGCUUCAUACACUGGAGAAGACAGUUGUGAGUUUCAAGUUCAUGGCUCUUUAGCUGUGAUUGCUGCAAUGAUGGACGCAUUAGGACAUGUAACGGGCCUAAGGCCAGCCACACCUGGAGAAUUUACAAAACGAGCAUUUUUUGGUAAUAAAUUAGAUCUGACCGAAGUAGAAGGUCUGGCAGACCUUAUACAUGCCGAAACAGAAGCUCAAAGAAAACAAGCACUUCUGCAAAGUACUGGCUCGCUUUCAAGGCUUUAUGAUAAUUGGAGAAAACGUUUGAUCCGCUGUGCAGCCCAUUUGGAAGCUUAUAUAGAUUUCGCAGAAGAUGAAAAUAUAGAAGAUGAUGUCAUUGUCCAACUUAAAAAAGAGUUGAAGAAAAUUCAACUGGAGAUAAGGGAGCAUCUCAAUGAUCAAAGACAGGGAGAGAUGUUAAGAGACGGUGUGCGUACAGCUAUUAUUGGUGCUCCAAAUGUGGGUAAAAGCAGUUUUCUUAAUCUAAUGUGCCAAAGAGAAUUGUCAAUUGUGACUGAAAUAGCAGGGACCACCAGAGAUGUUAUAGAGUCCACAUAUAAUAUUGGAGGGUAUCCUGUUCGCUUUUCUGAUACAGCUGGACUAAGACGAUCGACAGAUGAUAAAGUUGAAAAACAAGGUAUUUUAAAGGCUAGAAACUGUGUACUCGAAGCGGACCUAGUCUUAAUAAUGAUGGAUGCCGGUCACUUGAAAAAUAUACAAGUAAAUGAUUUAAAAUCAUUCAAUCAUUAUUUAAAUAAUUAUUUAAAAGAUUUGGAUCUAAAUGAGGAAAUACUGUCAAAUAAACGCAUACAAAUUGUUGUCAACAAAGCUGACUUGCUGUCCGAUGAUGAACUUAAAACCAUCCAGGAACUGCCCAACAUAUUUGUUAUAUCUUGUAAAAAUAGGACAAAUCUAAAAAAGUUUCUGAGACAAUUCGAGAAUCUACUAAUCGAGCUUUGUGGAAUUCCAUUACCCGAAGCACCCCGGUUGACACAUUCCCGAUAUCGCUUACAUUUAGAGCGGUGCAUUGAUCACAUACAAUUAUUUUUGUCCGAAUAUUCACCAGAUAUUUUCCCCGAUAUUGCAAUAUCCGCUCAAAAGUUAAGACAUGCUGUCAAAGAUAUAGAGCGUAUAACUGGCCAUGUUAGCACCGACGACAUAUUGGAUGUAGUCUUUAAGGAUUUUUGCAUAGGAAAAUAGAAUCGAAAAAUAAAAAUAUGUACAUCUGCAAAAGCAUAUGAAGAAUUUGUAAUAUUAGUGCAAAAGAAAUGCAAAGAGA